UCUCCCCCCGCCAUCGUGUCCAGUGCCCCGGUGUCAAGUGUCUUGUCAGGGACGGUGCAGAGUGAGACCAUCGAUUGGAAAUAGUAGCCGAGCGUCUAUAAAAGCUGAAUGAAGAGACCCCUCAGUAGACAGCCAAACUCACAGGCCACCAGCAGGCACCGAAACCCCCCCCCCCCCCUCAGAGAGAAAAAACCCGAGAGAGACACCCCAGGGGGGACAGGCAGUGAGAGACCUAGACAUCCUCCGUAGACGUUGAGCCAGACCGCAGUACAGAUCGCCAGGAUGCAGGGCCGUACCAUGCUGGUGAAGCAGGGGGGAAACGUGGCGGGGGCCAGACUGGCCUGCAGCGUGCGGGACGGAAACCCGACACGCAAGGAGAGCCACAGCGCCGACUGGAACAGCGUGGAGCUGAAGACGCAGCCGGAAGACGGGCAAACCGUGCACGAGGUGGACAAGGAUCGGCGCGAGUCCUACUCCCGCCAGUGGGAGGCGCGGCGGUUGGUGCAGGCCUGCCCCUCGGGGGUGAUUCGCCUGGGCACCCUGGAGCAGGGGGUGAGGGAGCACCAGCAGCUACCCUACAGGAACACCCUGCCCCUGCCCAUUUUCACCCCCGCAGAGCUGGGCGUCCGGCUGGGCCGCGGUGCCCCCCACAUCCUGGAGGACCUGCGCGCCUUCCCCGUCCCCGACGGCUCCUGCCCCACCAAGAGGGAGGUGUGCGACAUCACCAAGGACCUGCCACCGGUGCAGCCCAUGCGCAUGGACUUCGCCAAAGCGCCCAGAUCUCUGGGCCGCUCCAUGUCACAGGAAGCCCAGAGGGGGUGAAGAAGGGAAGAAGGGAAGAGAGGAAGAGGGCAAAACGUGGAGAGGGUGACAGAAAGACAUUGGGGGAGAGGUGGAAUGUAUUGCCUGAAAACGGAAGUAGUUUAUAUAGGAAUUCCAUUCAAAAUAGAAGUAUAUGGAAAUUACAAUUAUAUUUAUAUAUUCCGUGGGUAUUUUUUUGCAUCUUAAACAUCCCAAACUGUUUAGCUCUCCUGCAUGGUUUGGGCAAUUGGACUUCAGUACUCAAUAUUGUGUCCCCAGGUCACCCCCUUAAGUUUGAGUAGCAACUCAAUAGUAGAUGACUCAAGGAAUCAGUCAGGAGAUCUGUUUGCACACCUGAGGAAUAUGGGACGGGGUUAGGGAGCCGGCCAUUAUCGGCAUGAGUGACAGUGAGGCCUGUCGACCCACCUUUACUGCAGAUUGCAGAUUCGAAGGAUCAGUGUAGCUCGGCAGCGGGGGGGAGCGUCGCAGUGCCAGCGACGUUUAUGCAGAGUGGCGAUCGGUGGACUCUGGAAUGUGGCUACAGGAAGUAGGAGAUUGAAGGGCCUUCAAGACCCAGUAUUAGGAGGCUAAGAUGAUCGAAUCCAAGAGUGUAAUGUCCGACGGAGGUGAUGCCCUUAUGAGUGUAACUGUAGAGGGCUUGCAUGAAGGAAGCUACUGUACUGCCAUACCUUGGCUUUCGGACCUCGGCUCUGCAGCGCAGGCUGGUCCGUGUCCAGCCUUGUUUGUUUUUCUCACCUCUGAGCCCAGUGAUACCGCAUGGUGCUUCCAGGGAAAAUAUGCUGCGCGAGUUCGUAAUGAAGACGAGGGCCCUUAGCCAAGGACGAAUAAACGGUCUACUGUGGAAGAUGGUCACCGUGGUUACGAUUUCAUCUCUGCCUCCGAUUUUUGGAGAGGCUUUCGAUUUGGCCCUUUGUCGACGCGCUAGCGAGACGCUAAUGAGCUUUGCCCUCCUGUCGGCUUGUUUACAUAGCUUGUGUUCAUAUUGUUAUUUUUUACAAUAAAGUUACAGAAACACACGCA